ACUUCAGCUAUGGUGCAGACGACUACGACGCCGAGGGGAACGAGGAGCCCAAGGCCCUGCCGGAGGGCUCAGAAACCAUGCCCUACAUCGACGAGUCGCCCACCAUGUCCCCCCAGCUCAGCGCCCGCGGCCAGGACAGCGGGGACGGCGUCUCUCCCACACCUACCGACGUCCUCGGCACGGGGGGCGAGCGGGAUGCUGGCAAAGGCCUGGAGAUGAGGAAGCUGGUGCUCUCUGGGUUCCUGGCCAGCGAGGAGAUCUACAUCAACCAGCUGGAGGCCCUCCUGUUGCCCAUGAAGCCGCUCAAGGCCACGGCCACCACGUCGCAGCCUGUCCUCACCCUCCAGCAGAUUGAGACAAUUUUCUACAAGAUCCAGGACAUCUAUGAGAUCCACAAGGAGUUCUACGACAGCCUGUCCCCAAAGGUGCAGCAAUGGGACAGCAACAUCACCAUGGGCCACCUCUUCCAGAAACUGGCCAGCCAGCUCGGGGUGUACAAGGCCUUUGUGGAUAACUACAAAAUCGCCCUGGAGACGGCAGAGAAAUGCAGCCAGAGCAACUACCAGUUCCAGAAGAUUUCGGAGGAGCUGAAGGUGAAGGGCCCCAAGGACUCCAAGGAGAGCCACACGUCCGUCACCAUGGAGGCGCUGCUGUACAAACCCAUUGACCGUGUGACCCGGAGCACCCUUGUCCUGCAUGACCUCCUCAAGCACACCCCCGCCGACCACCCCGACUACCCGCUGCUCCAGGAUGCCCUCCGCAUCUCCCAGAACUUCCUCUCCAGCAUCAAUGAGGACAUCGAUCCCCGGAGGACAGCGGUCACCACCCCCAAGGGGGAGACCCGGCAGCUGAUCAAGGAUGGGUUCUUGGUGGAGCUGUCGGAGGGCUCGCGGAAGCUGCGACACGUCUUCCUCUUCACCGACGUCUUGCUCUGUGCCAAGCUGAAGAAGACGGCAGUGGGGAAGCACCAGCAGUACGACUGCAAGUGGUACGUGCCCCUGGCUGACCUGGUGUUCCCAUCGCCCGAGGAGUCGGAGCACUGCCCGCAGGUCCAUGUUAUCCCUGAUCACGAGCUGGAGGACAUGAAGAUGAAAAUCUCAGCCAUCAAGAGCGAGGUGCAGAAGGAGAAAGCCAACAAGGGGCAGAGCCGGGCCAUCGAGCGCCUCAAGAAGAAGAUGUUUGAGAACGAAUUCUGGCUGCUGCUGAACUCUCCCGCCAUUCCCUUCCGCAUCCACAACCGCAACGGCAAGAGCUACCUGUUCCUGUUAUCGUCUGACUACGAGAGGUCUGAGUGGAGAGAGGCCAUUCAGAAACUGCAGAAAAAGGACCUCCAGGCCUUCGUCCUGAGCUCCGUGGAGCUGCAGGUGCUCACGGGAUCCUGCUUCAAGCUGCGCACUGUCCACAACAUCCCAGUCACCAGUAAUAAGGACGAUGACGAGUCCCCCGGGCUCUAUGGGUUCCUGCACGUCAUUGUCCACUCUGCCAAGGGCUUCAAGCAAUCUGCCAACCUUUACUGCACGCUGGAAGUGGACUCGUUCGGCUACUUCGUCAGCAAAGCCAAGACGAGGGUUUUUCGGGACACAACUGAGCCGCAGUGGAAUGAGGAGUUUGAGAUUGAGCUGGAGGGCUCCCAGUCCCUGCGGAUCCUGUGCUACGAGAAAUGCUACGACAAGACCAAGCUCAACAAGGACAACAAUGAAAUCGUGGACAAGAUCAUGGGCAAGGGACAGAUCCAGGUAUGUUCUGGGGCACUCCGGGCUCGUGCCUGGGAUCAGAGAAACCCAGCAGGCUGCUGUGCCAGUGGGAGCAGAGUGUGA